AUGCCGGCUUUGACUAUUGCGUCGCUCAAGAGAGUGUCUGCAAAGGCGCUCUCUGAGAAGAUUCUUGCCGAGGCGGAGCAGGCGGAACCGAGUUUUGCGGUGAUUGAUGUGCGGGAUGUCGACUACAUAGGCGGCCACAUCAAGGGCUCAACAAACAUCCCCUGCAACCAGCUCGACGCGCUCAUGCCGACGCUCAUCCGCAAGCUCAAGGACAAGAAGACGGUCGUCUUCCACUGCGCGCUGAGCCAGCAGCGGGGACCCCUUGCGGCGCUCAAGUACCUCCGCGAGAGGGACGGGCUGCUGGCCGCGCUGGGGGAGGCGCCGCUGGCGGAGAAGCAGGAGGUGGUUUUGCUGGAGAGGGGGUUUACGGGCUGGCAGGAGGAGUAUGGCGAGGAUGAGAGGUUGACGGAGGGGUUUCGGAGGGAGAUUUGGAGGUGA